AUGCUCGGGAUGGGACCACAACCAAUGACUCCAUCGCUCGUACAAUUUGGCGCCUCCAUCGUUUCAGCCAAUCAAUCUAUGAGAGCAGUAAAACGACAGGCCGUGGAAAAACUCGUCGAUGUCAUACCCAGGAAAAACAGAAGAAGUGAUGACGACGACGACUGUUCUACAGUCCAAAAAGGCGAUUUCUUUGGUACAAAUCCAUGGAAAACUUGCUCCAUAAGAAAUAUCGAUGGUGUCGAGGAAUCGGUGGAUAUGGAUGAUCUCGUUGACAUUGUGCUUCUUGCAGCAGAGAGUAUCAACAAAGACAAAACGGGUGAUUUGGGAAAACGGAAACACAGCAGAAGGGCAGCCUGUCGCUAUAGAGAGAAACGCAAGGAAAGGUGGCUGAAACUUCAAAAAGAACGAGUCGAGAUGGAAAGAACCAAUGCUAAGCUCAAGGAUCUUGAUGUACAUGUCCGCACAUAUGCGGACUCGCAAGAUAGAGAGAACGCAUUUCCAAAGUAUAAAUGGUACUUGACGUUCUGCUAUCUGUAG